AUGUCUGCUAUUCGUUCCUCCUUCAUUCGGGCUGCCGCAAAGGCUGGUCGCAGAACCACUCCUUCCAUCAUUUCCAGACAAGCUGUUCGAGCUUUCACAACCACUCCACAAGCCAAUGACUAUGAGGCUAUCCAUGAGAAGGAGAUUCCUGCUACAAAGUUCCAGCCUGGUUCUGGAGCAGAAAGAGUAACAAUUCCAGUCGAGGAAGCCGCAUUGGCUGCAGCAGCUGCAAAGGAGGCUGUUGACGUUGUCACUCCCCUCACACAAAGUGCAUACAAGGGCAUGACCCCUACCAUGCAAAAAAUGAGUUUGAUGGGCAAAGUUGUUGUGGUCACUGGUGGUGCUCGAGGCUUAGGAAACCACAUGGCACGUGCAUGCGUCGAGGCUGGAGCCAAGGCUCUUGUUAUCUUCGAUGCCAACCAAGAGUUGGGUGAUGCCUCAGCUGCCGAACUUUACGAAUUGACCGGAAACAAGAUCCCCAUCUCCUUCUUCAAGGUUGAUGUUCGUGAUGCCGAUGCGAUUGAGUCUGCUGUUGCCAGUGUUGUCGCAGAGCAUGGAGCUCCAGAUGUUCUCAUCAACUCUGCAGGUAUUGCCGAUUCCAACAUUCCCGCCGAGACUUAUGACCACAACAUGUUCAGACGUCUUAUCGAUAUCAACCUUACUGGUUCGUUCCUCAUGUCUCAAGCCGUCGGAAAGGCUAUGAUGGCCGCUGGCAAGCCAGGAUCCAUUGUUCUCGUCGCCUCUAUGUCUGGCUCUAUCGUCAACUACCCACAAGAACAAUCCUGCUACAACGCCUCCAAGGCUGGUGUCGUUCAACUCGGAAAGUCCCUUGGUGCUGAAUGGGCCAAGUACAACGUUCGUGUCAACAUGAUCUCCCCAGGUUACAUGGACACCGCUCUCAACAACGUACCAGCCCUCGAUGCUCAAAAGGUCAUCUGGAAAUCCCUCACCCCACAAAACCGCCUCGGUGCCGUUGAUGACCUUAACGGUCUCGCCGUCUUCCUCGCCUCCGAUGCUUCCGCAUUCAUGACCGGCUCCAACGUCAUCAUUGACGGUGGUUACACUUUGUACUAA